GUGUGCCAGGUGGCUACGGUGGUUAUCCCGGGCAGUUCGUUUAUCCACCAGGCCGCAUGGAGGGAGACGUGUAUCAGCAAGCGGUGCCACCCGACCAACAUCCAUCCGGCGGCGGCUAUGGAGCAGCGCAUGACGCCGAAGCAGGCACC